AUGGUCUCAUACGCGAUCACGGGAGCCUCCAAGGGGAUUGGCCUCGAAUAUGUGCGCCAACUCGCCGCCAACAAAGACAACACGGUCCUAGCUAUUGUGCGAAAUCCGGAAUCGCAUGGCAUUUCCGAGCUUGCCACCAAUCACCCCAAUGUGCAUGCUAUCAAGGGAGAUGUGACAGACCCAAAGUCUAUCCUCGAUGCAGCCCAGGCCGCAGCUGCCAUUACGGGUGGGAAGCUAGAUGUGUUUAUCCACAACUCAAACGCCGUUGAUACAGCCUCCAUGGGCCUUACCCCGUCGCAGAUUCCCUUUGAUCGUGAAGCCACUCAAAAGAUCUUCGAGCCGUCGCUUAGUACAGGGGUUUAUGGUGCUAUGUGGGCGACCAAUGCCUUCCUUCCCUUGAUUGAGAAGGGCAUCCAAAAGAAGAUUGUGCAUAUCUCCAGCGCCAUGGCGGACACUAAUCUCAUCAGCAAAUCUGGUGUUAGCUACGCUGUGGCGUACGCCGUCUCAAAGGCCGGAAUGAAUGUUCAAGUUGCCAAGUACGCCGCGGAGCUUGCACCUAAAGGAAUUAAGGUGCUUGCUUUGAGCCCUGGAUGGGUUGAUACAUGGGAUAGCGGGGAGAAACCCGCCGCGGUAGUUCAAGCGAAUGAACUUAUGCUGUCGCAAUUCCAGGCAGUGCAGCCAGGACUCAAGGGGCAAAUCCAGCCUGAGGAAAGUGUUAGGAAGGGCAUUCAGGUGAUUGAGAAUCUGGAUACUGAGUCCAGCGGCUUGCUCUUGAGCCAAAACGGGAACCAGACGAACUGGUUCUGAGCGC